AUGAAGAUUUCCGUCGCCGCCGUUCUCUCUUUGGCAGUUCUCGUGCCUACUGCCACGGCAGACUUUGAAGUCUACUGGACGGCAGCCGCCGGAAUCGGUGGGCUUAUCAGAGAUUGGGCUCCCUACGCCAAGGAACCAACUUGCAAUGAGGCCCUUGAUGCAGAGAGAUGGAGCGAACGAGGCGAUGUCAGCGGAAACAAAUUUGGUAUUCGCUGCAAGGGCACGUGUGGUGCCGAUGGUUCAAUCGAUGAGAUGGAGAUGAACUUCAACAAGAACGCGCACUGGACCUUCUACAAGCACCCAAGCAACGAUCUCGUCGACAAGAACGGCAAAAAGAUUGGCAAAUGCUACACCCAGACGGACAAGGGCAAAUAUUUCUGCAAUCAUGGCCCAGGUGUUAUUUUUGGCGGUUUCAAGAGGCUUUACUGCCAGACUUCCAAGACUAUCGACGAUAUCCGAGGAUAG